CGUCCAGCUGAAGCUGCAGCUCUCUCUGGGAUUAUAAACUCUGGGAUUAAAUGUUCCAACCGGAGCUCCAGAUUUUCACCUGAACGGAGGAUUAAACUUCAGGACUGAACUUUUAUUUUGAAAGGAUGACCGAAGCUGCUGAAGCGCGGUCGUCCGUCACCACCACCAUGGUUAUUGACGGGAAGAACGGAGACGUGGGGUCGUCCUCCGUUCGGAUCUCCAAGAAGACGUUCACGGAAGAGCUGCACGCCACUUUCAGCUCGCCGCUGGCCUGGAUCCUGGUUCUGGCCCUCAUCAUCACCUGGUCCUGUGUUUUUGUCAUUAUGUUUGACCUCAUGGACUACAAAACCAUUUCAGGUCCUCCCCCUCUCGUCAGGAAGGUUUUAAAGGAUUCAGGUCGUCGAGGAGGCCUCACUAAGAUCGGCUCGGACCCCAUGAAGGCGGUCAACGAGGCCGUGGAGGAAUCCUCCAACAUCUUCUCCUCCAUACUGAAGAUGGCCGCCAGCCUGGUCGCUCCCGACGACGACGAAGGAAACCUCUACGCCGUGAGGAAAAAAGGAGAGUUUCUUCCGUCUCGGAGUAAAGUCGUCGGGAUGCACGCGACCACCACACCACCUGCCAUAGAAGUGGUGGAGGAGGAGGAAGAGGGGGAGGAAGAGGAGGGGGGAGAGGCGCAGGAGGGGGAGGAAGAGGAGGAGGAGCAGUAUGACGAGGAGGAAUAUGAAGAUGAAUAUGAGGAGUAUGAAGAGGAGGAGGAAGAGGAGUAUGAGGAGGAGGAGUAUGAUGAUGAGUAUGAGGAGGAGGAGGAGGAAGAGGAGGAGGCAGGAGAAGCAGAAGAGGAGGAGGAGGAAGAGGAGGAGGAAGAGGAGGAGGCAGGAGCUGAGGAGGAAGAGGAAGAGGAGGAGGAGGAAGAGGAAGAGGAGGAGGCAGGAGCUGAGGUGGAAGAGGAGGAGGAGGAGGCAGGAGCUGAGGAGGAAGAGGAGGAGGGAGAGGAGAAGGAGGAGGAAGAGGAGGAGGAAGAGGAGGAGGAAGAGGAGGAGGCAGGAGAAGCAGGAGAAGUGGAGGCAGAAGCUGAGAUGGAAGAGGAGAAGGAGGAGGAAGAGGAGGAGGCAGGACCUGAGGAGGAAGAGGAGGAGGCAAGAGAAGCAGGAGAGGAGGAGGAAGAGGAAGAAGAAGAAGAAGAAGGGGUCGAGGAGGGAAAGGAUGAGGAAGAGGAAGGAGCAACUACUGUUGAUGAAGAGGAAGAGAAGGAGGAAGAGGAGGAGGCAGAGGGAGAGGAGGAGGAGGAGGAGGUGGGAGGAGCUGAAGCAGCUGCUGAUGAAGAGGAGGCCAUUCCAGCUGAUGAGGAAGAUGAAACUGUUGAUGAAGACGAAGAUGACAAGGAACCUGAACCAGCAUUGGCAGAAGUUGAUGAUGAUGAUGAAGAUGAAGACGAAGACAAACUGGAAGAAAAGGUAGAGGAGGAAAAGGAGAAGGAGGAGGAAGAUGAGGACGAGGAGGAAGAUUCAGCUGAACACGGAGUGGAUGUUGACACUGAGGAUGACGACGGUGAGGAAGAAGUUUCUCCUGAACCCGCCUCUGACUCCGCCUCCGACGCCACCACCAGCGAUGAAGACGAGCCUGAGGAAGACUCAUCGGACCUCGGAGACCUGGCACUGACGUCCAGUGAGGAAGACGAGGAGGGCGAUGAAGAUGACGAUGAAGACGACGAAGACGUGGCGACAUCCGACACCGACGCUGAAGAUCUUCCUCCCAUCGCAGCCAUCAGUGAGGAAGAGGAGGAGGAGGAGGACAAGCUCACAGAGGAGGAAGAGCUCGUCCUUCUAGCUGCCGAACAUGAGGAGGAGGAGGAGGAGGAGGAGGAGGCUGUUCUGGACACCGAUGAAGAUGAUGAUGAUGAAGAUCUCGACCAAUCAGAUGUGGACGUCUCGGUGGCGUCCUCUGAACACUUUGCAGAUGAUGAAGAUGAUGAUGAAGACUUCAGCAUUGACUUUGACAAAGACGAAGACAAACUGGAUGAUAAAGAGGAAGAGGAGGCUGAGCUUCCUCCCUUGGACAGCACAGACAGCGGCGUUCUGGCCGACGAGGAUGAUGAUGAUCUGAUGUCUGAUGAAGAGUCGCUCGGGGAGACGUUCCUCAGUGACGACAGGACUGAUGAAGAUGUUGAUGACGAUGACGAUGAUGACGAUGACGAUGAAGACGUCUUCGAUACGAGCUCGCUGGAGUUUACCUUCGACGAUGACGAGCUGGACAGAAUACAACCUGUUGACGAUGAAGAUGAAGUGAAAGAUGAGCUGACGUCAGACCUGCUCAGAGGGGAGGAAGAGGAGGAAGAGGAUGGUCUCGAUGACAUCAUCCUGACAGGUGGAGAGGAGGAGGAGGAGCUCCAACAGGUCAAUGAGGAAGACGAGGCAGAGGAAGAAGCUCUCCUGUUUGCUGUUGGUGAGGAAGAGGAGGAGGAUGAAGAGGAGGAUGCAGGCCCCGAGGUCCAGCUCCGAGUGUCUGUCGACGAAGCUGAAGACGAGAAAGAAGACUACGCCGAAGACGAGGACGAGGAAGAGAAGGCCGCGGCGGACGUGAUCCGGCCUGUGUCUGGAUCAGUGGAGGAAGAGGAGGAGGAUGAAGAGCAGGCGGUGGUGCAGAGCGAGCCUGCAGUCUGUCCCUGUAUGAGCUCCAAGACCAGAACCCCGGGCAGGACAACACACACUCAGGAUGCUCCGCGGAGGGUUUCAGCUGUGAGAAGGAAAAAAGUGCGUGCACCUGCAUCAGCAGACGACAAGCCCAAAAGACAAGCUCUUCCCAGGCUGGCGGGGAUGCUGCCCAAAGCCAGACGGGUCAUGAGGUUCCCUCCGUUCUUAAGAGCAAAGAGAGAAAAAGAAGAGAAAACAAAGACUUCUCGAGCUGAGAAAGAGACGGAAACUAAAAGCCGGAAGUCGUGGCUGAAUCUGAACAGGAAGUGGGACCCUGCAGACCGGCCCCGGUGUACUGCCCGUCUCCUCCCGGAUGGUACGUCCACCACGUGGUCACGGACACCCCGUACCCCCCGCCCACGCUGCCAGCUCCGUCGGCUCCGGUACUGACGGCUCACCCGGUGCAGCCUGGAGCUCCGCCCCCUCCACCGCUGUAUCAGCAGCCCCUCUACCCUCAGUAUCAGCUGUACCCGCCGCUGAUGCAGCCCGUGGUGCCGCCGCCGCCGCCGCCCGAACAGGCGCCGCCCGAACAGGCUCCGCCCGAACAGGCGCCGCCCGAACAGGCUCCGCCUGAACAGACUCCGCCCGAGGCCCCGAGUCCAGAUACUGGAGCCGAGGCUCCUGCGGCUCCUGCGGCUCCUGCUCAGGAAGCGGAGGCUGUGGAGAAAGAGGUGAAGGCCGUCUCAGAGAAGAAAGCUCCGAGGAGGAAAAGAGCAGCCGUGGAUUCGGAGGAAGAGUCGACAGCAGCAGCUAAAGACAAAGACAAGAAAG